CGAGGUCAGCUCUCCACCGAAUGCUGAACCUCUAGCUGGGUUGCUCUCAUGUUUUGGUUUUUUUAAGAAUAUUGUUGCUCCAACUCCAACCCCUUUUGACUCCCACUUGUUUAAAGUUUUUCCUCUAUAUUGCUUUUCUUUCUCUUUCUUUCUUUGAUGAUAUAAAGUAUAAACAAAUCUAGGAAUCUGUCCUUUCUCUUGGGUUGUCACCGAGUACAAACCGGCUAGUGCCUGGCAAUUUUGGGUGGUCUCUCUCUCUGCAAAUCUGUUUGAUGCCUCUUAAAGUCUUGUUUGGGUAUCUGGGAACUCUUCAACCUUCCCACCGUGUUCGUCUGAUGUGCCAUUUCAAGCUGGGCUUGUACGGUUUCUCUCUCUCUCUCUCUCUGUAUUGGUGCUGCAUCUGCUAUAAAGGUGCCAUCUUUAACGUUUCCUGUUGAGCUCUGUCAAUAGGGUUUUGAUCUCGAUCGUGUGCCUGAUUGGGAUCGGUUGCUCUUUUUCUUCUUUCCAAAUCUCAUAUCUUCGAGAUAAGAUCUUGAAGUUGCUAUCUUUGUACUGUUUUUCGGUUAGUUCAUGAUCGUGAGUGCUUGCCCUUUGUGAUUCGACCCCUGUACUCCCCCUGUCGUUCACUUCUUCCUGUGUGAGAAAUCAAGAUUUGAGCUUUGCCUAGCUCAAAGAUAGCUUGAUUGCUGAGCUCCUUAGCUUAAAUACGUAGAUGAAGUGCAACAGAAGCUUAUUGUUUUGGUGGGCUUUGUCAAUCUUGUGUUUGGCUUGGUCUUCUAAUGGGUAUUCUCCUCCAGAUAAUUACCUUAUAGAUUGUGGAUCCUCAAGCAAUACCAGUGUAGGUACCCGCGUUUUUCUCGCCGAUAACCUAGCCUCAAAGUUCCUUUCCACCCCGCAAAAUGUUCUGGCCAGUGCAUCGAACUCUCUUAAUUCUUCUGAUGUCUCCCAGCUCUAUCAAACCGCUAGAGUCUUUACCGGUUCCACAAGAUACACAUUUCCCAUCAGCCAGGGUGGUAGGCACUGGAUUCGGCUCUAUUUCUCUCCUUUCGAUUACCAAUCUUACAAGAUGAGCACUGCUAGUUUUUCUGUUUCGGCCCAAAACUUUGCUCUCCUCAGUAAUUUUAGCGCCAGUGGCAGCGUCAUGAAAGAGUUUUCCCUGAACGUAACGUCGAGUAACCUUGUUGUCACCUUUACCGCCUCCAAUAACUCAUUUGCAUUUCUGAAUGCAAUUGAAGUUGUCUCCUUGCCCGACACUUUAAUUCAGGAUGAUGCCAAUACUCUUCCUUCAGGGAAGUUUCAAGGUCUCUUAUCGCAGGCUCUUCAGACAGUCUGGAGAUUGAACAUGGGUGGACCAAAAGUUUCUGCUACGAAUGAUACUCUCUGGAGAAAUUGGGAUCCCGACUAUAAUUUUCUGGUCCAACCUAAUCUGGCGACAAAUAAGUCGAACAUUGGAGCAGUUAAAUAUGUAUCAGGUGGGCCGACGCAAGAUACUGCUCCCGCUUCAGUCUAUGGCACUGCAACUGAGAUGAACUCGGGAAGUGAUCCUAACAGCAAUUUCAAUGUCACCUGGGAGUUUGAUAUAGAUGUUGGAUUUAGACACCUUAUUCGCUUUCACUUCUGUGAUAUAGUGAGCCCAUUGCUUAACCAGCUCUACUUCAAUGUCUAUCUUGACUCAUCUGUUGUUGUUAGUGACCUUGAUUUGAGUAGCCUCUUGUUCAAUUUGGCUGUUCCCUAUUUCUACGAUCUAGUUUCAGGGGUGUCAGUAAGCAAUAAGCUUCGUGUAAGUGUUGGUCCAUUUACGGCAAAUGGCGCUUACCCCAAUGCCAUUUUGAAUGGGUUAGAGAUCAUGAAGAUGAACAAUUCUGAUGGAAGCCUCGAAGGGGCGGCGGCGGCAAUAUCUUCAGGUUCCGGCUCUGGCAAAAAUGUUGGUGUCAUAGUCGGUAUAACUAUUGGGGCGUUUACUGCAACACUUUUGGCUGGAGUUCUCUUUUUGUGGUGCCGGAGAAGGCGACAACGACUUGCAAAGCAGGGGCUUUCCAAGACAUGGAUUCCAUUAUCCACUAAUGGAUGCACUUCUCACACCAUGGGGAGUAAAUACUCUAAUGGAACAACCCUUAGCGCUGCUUCCAAUCUUGGGUAUCGCUUUCCCUUUGUGGCUGUUCAAGAGGCCACGAACAACUUUGAUGAGAGUUGGGUCAUUGGUAUUGGCGGUUUUGGAAAAGUGUACCGGGGAGAAUUGAAUGAUGGAACAAAAGUAGCUGUUAAGAGGGGUAAUCCUCGGUCCCAGCAGGGACUUGCGGAGUUCCAAACUGAAAUCGAGAUGCUUUCACAGUUUCGCCACCGCCAUCUGGUUUCUUUGAUUGGGUAUUGUGAUGAAAAGAAUGAGAUGAUUUUGAUUUAUGAAUACAUGGAGAACGGCACACUGAAGAGCCAUCUUUAUGGCUCUGGCCUUCCUAACCUGAGAUGGAAGCAGAGGCUUGAGAUAUGCAUUGGUUCUGCUAGAGGGCUCCACUAUCUUCACACUGGCUAUGCAAAAGCAGUCAUCCAUCGCGAUGUGAAGUCUGCAAAUAUUUUGCUUGAUGAGAACCUCAUGGCAAAAGUUGCUGAUUUUGGGCUUUCCAAGACAGGGCCAGAAAUUGAUCAGACCCAUGUAAGUACAGCAGUGAAAGGGAGUUUCGGAUACCUUGAUCCGGAAUACUUCAGAAGGCAACAACUUACCGAAAAAUCGGAUGUGUAUUCAUUUGGGGUAGUCUUACUCGAAGUCCUUUGUGCAAGACCCGUUAUUGAUCCAUCACUCCCUAGGGAAAAGGUGAACUUGGCGGAGUGGGCAAUGAAGUGGCAAAAGAAAGGGCAAUUGGAUCAGAUCAUAGACCCUACUCUUGUCGGUAAUAUCAGACCUGAUUCUCUUCGGAAGUUUGGGGAAACGGCUGAGAAAUGCUUGGCCGACUUCGGGGUUGAUCGGCCUUCAAUGGGAGAUGUGCUGUGGAAUCUGGAAUAUGCCCUUCAACUUCAAGAGGCGGUUGUGCAAGGUGACCCUGAAGAAAACAGUACUAACAUGAUCGGUGAGCUAUCUCCUCAAGUCCACAAUUUCAGCAAUGCCGAUCCGACAAUUUCCACUGCGCAGUUUGAACUAUCUAGUGUCAACGACGUCUCGAUGAGUAAAGUGUUCUCGCAGCUUGUGAACUCUGAGGGUAGAUGACUGAAACAUUCAUCUUGCUCACCUCUUGUUCUGAUUCUUUCUCCAACCAACCAUGAUAAGGCAGGAUUCACUUUUAGUAGUUUCAUCUAUAAGUUUGGUUUGCUAGUGCUGCUGCCGCUUUAUACAAAUGGAACAUUUGGGGGUGCCGCAAUGCGACUUUGGUUGAGUCAAGGGAUCAGGAGAAAAGGAGGAACCCACCUAGUUUCAUGUGUCAUUGAUGUCUCACUUGAUGGAGUUUGCUUAUGGACGGACCUGACUUUGAACAGAAAGAAUACCGGUGUGUUUUAGGUAAAUGAUAGUGAUGAAUCUGAUUACUGAUAAAAGCUGUUGAAUCUGAAUCGUUUUCUUGUAAUGUUUACUUGUUCCUUUCCGUGUUCACACUUCACAGGAAUGUUUAUAUGUUCAUUUAUUUCACCUUUCUUUGAAU